AUGCUAUUUGACCCUGUCUUUCUAGCCGUUACUGGCGUUUUUAUCCACUCCGUACUAGCUUAUGAAAGCUUGACCCUUCCCAACGAAGCCGCCCAGCUCGACUCCCUCUUCCUCGGCAUCGGAUCGUUUGGGGCCGACAUCAACAUCGCCGCCGUUAGCUCUUGUGAAACGCGCUCAAUGAAGCCGUGCGGCAACGGCAAGUGUAUCCCUUAUGAUGCCACCUGCUGCUCAGGGGGAGGGUACUGCGAGGAUGGCAAGUACUGUACCGCCCUUGGGUGUUGCCCAGUCGGCAAAACCUGCUCUGGCCCACUUGAGGGCUGCGGAGCUGGGAGAGACAACUGCAACGGCAAAUGCAUGCCCGCCGGCAAUGUAUGUUGCCCUAGCGGCGGAUACUGCGAUGCCGGAGAAACAUGUACGGAAGACAGGAAAUGCAGAAAGCCCGGCGGCGGCGGUGGAGGCAGCACGGGGCCGUGUGGCACCGGACAGACAAGCUGCGGGUCUCACUGUAUGCCGUUGGGGGCAACUUGCUGCUCCAGUGGCAAGUACUGCGACUCGGGGGAGACCUGUCUCUCGGAGGGCGGGUGCUGCCCAUCCGACACUGUCGGCUGCGGUCCAUUCAAGUGUAUACCCACGGGCACUGUAUGCUGCUCGGACGGUAGCUACUGCGACGCCGGGGACAUAUGUAUAGAGAACGGGAGGUGUCGACGGAGGAGCGGAGCUGGUAACGGCGGCGGCGGUGGUGGAGCCGAACGCAGCACGACGUCAGUUCAGCUGACGGGGACGACAUCUGCUGUCAAGACGACGACGACAUCUGUUGUCAAGACGACGACAUCGCGGGAUCUGGAUCGGCCUGCGCGGGCAUCUUCGACCUCAUCAACAAGGAUCGAUCGCGACUUUGACUCUGGCUCAACCUCGACCCCCAGUAUGCGGUCAAGCGAGCAGUCCGAGACGCGGAGACCAACAACUGGAGGGUCUACUUCUGCUGCAGCCGGGGGAUUGUACAGGCUACCUAUGCUCACAUUAGAGGUUUCCGCGGCUACUUGGGGUGCGGUCAUAGUAUUAUGGUAA